AUGACAAUUCACGGAAUUUGGCAAUGGGCUGCUAAUCAUUCGCAAACGGUCGAAAUAGAUGCAUUACGCAACAAAACAUUAUCAAUUGAUGGACAUAUUUGGCUUUAUGAAUGCCAUAAAGGCGGUCAAAGAUAUAAUCAAACGGGUGCAAGUUAUUUGGUGACAUUUUUUCGAAGAUGCCGGUUUUUAAUGGAAAGAAAUAUUCGUCCAAUAGUUGUUUUUGAUGCCGUCAAUAGGCCACCACAGCCAGGAAGCUUUGCUUUUAGUGAGAGAAAAAAUCUAAACUGGCACGAUUUAACCAAUUCAAGCAAUUUGGCCGACCGUGUUUUCAAAUGCCAAGCAAUGCUUCGACAUUUGGGAGUCACUGUCAUUAUCGCAAAAGGAGAAGGCGAAGCCCAGUGUGCGGAACUUGAAAUGGAAGGAAUCACUGACGGAUGCAUAACCACCGAUUUCGACUAUUUCAUAUUUGGCGGUCGAAACUUGUACAAAAUUCAAUUCAACACUAACGGUGUAAAAUCAAUCAUGCAUUGCUCAAUGGAUAAUCUCGAAGCCAAUACAAAAAUCUAUCGGAAUGGUUUAAUCGCAAUGGCAAUUUUAUUGGGAUGCGAUUUCUACGACAGUGGUGUGGAAAACUGUGGAAUCGUCACUGCGCUUGAUGUACUUACUGAAUUCCACGGUCGAGAAGCAGAUCAUCAUCCACUGCAAAUUCUUGAUAGAUUUGCUUCCUACGUUCGCGGAGAAGUUCCAGAACGUUCGGAAGAUUCUGAGAGAAAAUUGAGGCUUAAACGAAGGGAAUAUGGUUUUGAUAGAACAUUUCCGAACACUGAUGAAAUUCUUAUGGCGCUGAAGAUAUACGAGAACCCAAACACUUAUACAUUUUCGAAAGACACGUUCACCUCACCGCCGUGUACCGAUUUGAGACGAGUCGAGAGAAUUCUGGUUCACGAGUGUGGAUGGACUGCCGAAAAAAUGAAACAAGAAUUGGAAAUAAGUGAGAAACGCUCGAAGAAAUUCCAUGAAGCCACGAUUCAGAAAAAGAUUCCCGAUUUCUUCAAAAUGUCGAAAAGAACGAAUUCGCUGGUCGAACAAUGUUCUGUUGACGAAUACCUGAAGUCGAAUAAUAAUUGGUUCCAGCAACGAAAAAGAAGAAGUGAUGUUUCCCCGUCAUCGAGUACUACACCACAAAGCUCACGCACCAGAACACCAAAAAUUUCCAAAAUCAGCUCAUCUCAUAAAUCGAGCGAUGAUUCGAUUGAAAUCAUUGAAAUUCUCGAUUCAGAUUAA